GUCCGUUCGUUCUUUCGCCGAGAUAGCCAUAUUGGUCACGUUGGCCGACAUCCGCUUCGAGACAGCAAGGAUAUUGAAAUUCAUACAUGGAACCUCCCCGAUGACCCAGAUAAUCCAUUCAACUGGAGCAAGUCAUACAAAUGGGCUCUCACGCUCACCAUUUGCUUCAUUUCCAUCCUGACUGGACUGCCGGCAGGAUCAUAUGGUGCCAGUAACGUCUGGAUGGAACAACAGUUCCACGUCCAAAACCAACCCUUUCCAAACCUAGCCUGGGCGACCACGUCGUGGAACAUGGGGGCAGCAUUCUGGCCGUUGAUCUUUGUACCCAUGACCGAAUCCUCUGGGCGCAUGCCCGGCUACUUUGUCUCUUACUUUAUCCUUGUCAUCUCGUUGUUUCCCUCCGCGUUCGCACAAAACUUUGCCACCCUAGUCGUCACUCGAUUCUUCGGUGGAGGUACCUCUUCGGUCUCGAUCAAUAUUGUUGGCGGGAGUAUCAGUGAUGUGUAUGUCGUGGGAAUUGCUCUGGGACCUUUCAUCGGAAGCGCAAUUCAAACCAUUAACAAGACAGACCCAUGGCAAUGGAUUUUCUAUAUUCAAAUCAUCUACAAUACGGCUCUAAUUCCAGUCUUCUGGCUCAUGCUUCGCGAGACUCGAGGCGACGUGAUCUUGAGGAAGAGAGCGAAGAAGUUGCGUCGAGAGACUGGUCGGUCGAUCUACGCCGAAAGUGAGCUAAAGACCACCAGCACGCUACAACUGAUUCAGAUCUCGUUCGAGCGUCCGACGCGAAUGCUGCUGACUGAACCGGUGGUCACUUUCUUCACGCUGUGGGUGAGCUUUGCAUGGGGCAUUCUCUUCCUCUUCUUUUCCAGUGUCGGUCAGACCUUCAGCCAUAACUGUGGAUGGAGCACAUUUUCCACUGGUCUAGUGCAGCUGGCUAUCUCUGUUGGCGCCGUUAUUGGGAUUGUGGUGAAUCCCUUGCAAGAUUCGAUCUACUUGCGCUCCGCCAGCCGGAACCGAGAACGUCCCGGUCGUCCCAUCCCCGAGGCUCGUCUUUACACCUCCAUCCCCGGAAGUCUACUCUUUGCCGGCGGACUCUUCUGGUACGGAUGGGGCAGUGUCUGCAACGGUUCUGUCCCGUGGAUCGUCCCAGCCCUGGGCAUCGGCUGCACCGGCGUGGGAAUCUACUCGAUCUACAUGGCGGUCGUGAACUACCUGACCGAUGUGUACGAGAAAUACGCCGCAUCUGCACUUUCCGCCGCAUCCCUGGGCCGCAACGCCUUUGGUGCAUUCUUGCCUCUGGCCUCGUAUGAACUCUUCGACAGGUUAGGAUACGGUUGGGCAGGCUCUCUACUCGGCUUUUUCGGUGUGGCUCUCUCGGUGGUUUCGGUUGUUCUGGUCUGGAAAGGUCCUGAAAUUCGUCGGCGGAGUCCAUUCAUGCGCCAAUCGACGUUUACCCCCGGGGAGGAGACAAGAGCGGACGUAAUGACUGACAAGACUGAGGUAUGA